CGCUGCCAGACAAACAAAAGACAAAAACAGUAAAUAUUACAGGAGGUGCCAUUUAUCAUUUACUCUAGUUGCUGUUCUAGAUUUUAUGCACCUGUAUUAGGCUAGUAUAACUCAAACUAGCUGUUCAUGUGAAUGGAAGGCUGCCUGUUGGAGUGUGCAUGUCUGUUGCUUGUCUAUGUACCAUCCCUAUGUAACUGUAGCCAUUGACUUUCUCCUUUACACUUCUUAGAAGAAAGUAAAAUACAAAUAAAUUGAAGUCAAGGUCAAUAGCUUCUAAUGAAAAAGCUGUGUAUGACCAGGUAGCUUGAAAAACAAGUUUAUCCUGAUAUUUCUCAUGCAUUAUUUAUGAGAAGGUAAACUAUUAAUAUUCAGAAGGUGUGGUUAAUGUUCAUUUUUACAAUGAAAUGACUUUCUCACCUCGUGCACAGACAACUUAAAAAAAAAUGAACAAGUUUCAUAAUACGCACUAUAUAGGAAAGAAAAAGUCCCUGAAACAGUAAGUGGCGUGCAAGUAGGUUGAUAUAUACCUAGCACACUUUUUCUACUUUCCUGGUUUAUAGUUAGUUUAGCUUAGUGUUGUCUUAUGAGAAUAUGCCUGCUUAUCAUUGGGGGUUUAAACUAAUUCACAUACAGUUUCCUCUCCCUCAUUUGAAUAUCAUGAGACGGGGCACUGCAUGUAAACCAUGAGAAAUGAGAAAGCAAAUGGAAAUUUAGUGCUAAAAAAUUACAAGAAAACCUUGUCUAUGAUCUGUUUGUCUAAUGAAAUGUUUUGUUUAUUUAUUUAUUUAUAAAUAAUAUCUUUCUCCAAAAACUAAUAUUUUGUAAAAUAUAAAAAGAUACUCCUAUGCUUGUGAUCUGAAAUGAAUGAUUAAGCAGCCCCCUGGAAGAGGUGCUUAUACGCACUUCUCAUGUUUCUGUCGUCUGCCUCAAUAUGCAUUUACUGUAAACUUUAUUUUAGGAUGUUUUGCAUACAGGCUUGACAAAGGUAACCCUAGCCAGUACUUUGUGCAGCACAGAAACCAGGACCAGAGCUGGAAAUGAAGUGAGGACAGACUAUCUACGGGCAGAGAGGGUAGGGGACACUUUUUCACCCAAAGAGUGGUGCCGGUGUUGAAUGGGAAUCACAGCAGAGAUGUAUGCUGAAGCUGAGCAAGUUACUGGAGGUUUCUGUUUUGCAAUUCCAGGAAUCACACCACUGUAAGGGAAAAGAGCGCAGCCACAGUACUUCAAAUUACAGCCAUCCCUCUGUCAUCUUUACAAUUAAACAGGUUAGCAUGAUGGCGUACUCAACAAGCAAUGCACGGCUCUCCGAUCUGUCCAAGCUGACAGAGCAUGAGAAGAGCCAUAUCAAGAGGGACCUGGAAAUGGGGAUUGUGAUGACAGUGUACAGGCAGAAAAUAGAAAGGCUGACCGUCCAAAUAAUCAUGGAGACCAGACAGGUUGCUUGGACCAGGACAGCAGACAGAUACGAAGGAGUCUUGGAUUUAAGUGAGAUCAGAGAAGUCAGACCAGGAAGAAAUUCCAAGGAUUUUGAACGUUUUAAAGAGAAACAAAACGUGGAAGAGGAAAAGUGCUUCACCAUAUUGUAUGGAUCCCAGUUUGUGCUGAACACCUUGAGCCUGGCCGCUGAUUCUUUCGAAGAUGCAAAAAAGUGGUUAUGCGGUUUAGAAAUACUGAAACAGGAGGCGUUGACGGCACCCACACCUGCGAUUAUAGAAAGCUGGUUGAGAAAGCAGAUGUAUUCAGUAGACCAAUCCAAAAAAAGCAGCAUCACCAUGAAGGAGACCAAAGCCCUGCUGCCUCUAUUGAAUUUUAAAGUGCAAAAUGCAAGGUUUCUUAAGGACAGGUUUGCGGAUGUAGGAGCAUGCAAAGAUGUACUCAACUUUGAGCAGUUCUACAAGUUUUACAACAAUGUGAUGUUUGAAAAUCAGAAAGAAAUUCUGGAAGAGUUUAAGAAGGAAUCAUGUGCCUUCAUUAUGGGAAACACAGAUAAACCUGACUCAUCAGCUGUCCUUCUUUAUGACUUCCAGAGAUUUCUCAUCCAUCAACAGAAGGAAUCAUGGGCCAGUGAUCUGAACAUGGUCAGGGAGCUGAUGACAACUUUUAUUGAUGAUCUGAUGAGGAAGACAAACGACCCAGAAUUCAAUGUCGGCGAGUUCUUGAAUUACCUGUUCUCAAAAGAAAACUCCAUCUGGGAUGAGAAGUAUUCAGAAAUUAGUUUUCAGGACAUGAAUAACCCCUUGUCUCAUUACUGGAUCAACUCUUCACACAACACGUACCUCACAGGAGAUCAGAUCCGCAGUGAAUCUUCUACAGAAGCCUAUAUCAGGUGUCUCAGGAUGGGGUGUCGAUGCAUAGAGUUGGAUUGUUGGGACGGUCCGCUAGAGCCUAUUAUCUACCAUGGAUGGACACGCACAACAAAGAUCAAAUUUGACGACGUAGUGAAAGCAAUCAAUGAUCAUGCAUUUGUCGCGUCUGAGUUCCCAUUGAUUUUGUCCAUUGAGGAGCAUUGUUGUGUGGAACAGCAGCGCCACAUCUCCAGCAAGUUCAAAGAGGUGUUUGGGGAGCAGCUGUUGGCAGAACCCAUUGAAGCUUUUGCAGAUCAGUUGCCCUCCCCUACACAGCUUAAACGGAAGAUCAUUAUCAAGCACAAGAAACUGAGUUCUGUGAAUGAAGAUAACAUCGUGGAUGAAUAUGUCAGCAGGGUGGAUAUACGUAAAAGUACAAAGCAUGGGGAUCUGUUUAUCUGGGAUCCAGUAGAUCAGCAAUGGAAUCGUCACUACUGUGUAAUUGCUGAUGACAAGCUGUUUUACAAUGAGGAGUAUGAAUCUGAGGAAGAACCUAACAAGAAUGUGAAGAACACAGAGCUGCACUUCACAGAGAAGUGGUUCCACGGCAGGAUGAAAGAGGGCAGACAGACGGCCGAGAGACUGCUCCAGGAGUUCUGCGCAGAGUCUGGGGGAAGGGAGGGGACCUUCCUAGUCCGGGAGAGCGACACUUUCAUGAAUGAUAAUACAUUAUCAUUUUGGAGGGCAGGAAGAGUUCAGCAUUGCCGAAUUCGCUCUACAGACGGCAACACUAAAUACUUCCUGACUGACAACCUCCACUUUGACAGUGUGUACAACCUGAUACAACAUUACAGGGAGACCCCGCUUCGCUGUCAGGAGUUUGACCUGCGAUUAACGGAUGCCGUCCCCAGACCUAAUCCACAUGAAUCCAAAGAAUGGUACUACAACAACCUGAGCCGAGGAGAAGCAGAGGACAUGUUGAUGAGAAUUCCACGAGAUGGAGCUUUCUUGAUCCGAAGGAGAGAAGAACCUGACUCAUUUGCCAUUACGUUCAGAGGCGAUGGGAAAGUAAAGCACUGCAGGAUCCAGAAAGAAGGCAACGUGUUUGUUUUGGGAUCCUCGACUGAGUUCGAGAGCCUGGUGGAACUUGUAAAUUACUUCAGGAAAAAGCCCCUGUACCGUAAGAUAAAACUGCGCUACCCAGUCACUAAGGAGCUGCUGCAUCGCUUCAGUGAGAAUAAGGAUUUUGGAGCAAUCUAUGAUGUCAAGAUGUAUGUGGAGCCUAACGAAAUAGAACCGUCAUUGCAUCAAAGCACAGUGAAGGCACUCUAUGACUACAGGCCAAAACAAGCUGAUGAGCUGAAUUUCUGUAAAGGAGCCUUUAUUCACAAUGUAGUCAAAGACAGCAAUGACUGGUGGAAAGGAGACUAUGGAGGGAAAGUUCAGUACUACUUCCCAGCAAACUAUGUGGAGGAGGUAUCCGCUGAGAAGAAAGAGAAUCCUAUCAACCCGAUAAUAGAGGAUAAUCCACUUGGAGAGCUGUGUAAAGGAAUAGUGGACCUUUCAAAGUGCACUGUUUCAAAGCAAAUGAAGAAUGGCAAGCCGUUUGCAUUCACCCUACAACCUAACCAGUCUGAAUUCCUGGCCAUUGACUUUGCCACAGAAACAGUGGAGGAGCAGUUUGAGUGGUACAAGAUUGUGUGGGACAUUACGCAGAAGGAAAAAAGCAAGCAAUAUAAGAUUAGCCAGAAGAAACAGUGUGAGAAGAAAGACGAUGUUGCAGUUGAAAUAUCUGACCUUGUAAUCUACUGUCAACCAAGGAGCAAAGACAAGGAUAACUUUACGAGAUACGAUUACAAGGAGAUCCGCUCCUUUGUGGAAAACAAGGUCCCCAAUGCAAAGGGGCAAAAGGUAAAUGACUUUCUCAGGUACAACCGGAAGGCACUGAGCAGAAUCUACCCUAAAGGUCAAAGAAUGGACUCCUCAAACUAUGACCCGUACUCUCUCUGGAUGUGUGGAUGUCACAUGGUAGCUCUUAACUUCCAGACACCAGAUAAAUAUAUGCAGUUAAACCAUGCCUUGUUUAGUCAGAAUGGAAGAAGUGGCUUUGUGCUGCAGCCGGAAUUAAUAAGAAGCGAAUCCUAUGAUCCGUAUCAGGAGAGGAAUGCUGUUAAUCAGAUCAUAACAAUACGAGUUAUUGGUGCUCGUCACCUGCCCAGACAAGGAAGGAGCAUUGCCAGUCCUUUUGUGGAAGUAGAACUGUGUGGAAUUAAUUCAGAAGAAAACAAAUUCAAAACACUUGUGAAAAGUGACAAUGGGCUGAACCCAGUCUGGCCAGCCCCACCGGAGCCAGUACAGUUCAUGGUGUGUGAACCUGAGACGACAUUUCUCCGUUUUGUGGUGCAUGAGGAGGACAUGUUCAGUGAUCCCAAUUUUCUGGCUCAUGCCACUUUCCCUGUCAAAGGCAUCAAGACAGGCUAUAGAUCAGUUCCUUUGAAAAAUGGAUUCAGCGAAGAUAUUGAGCUUGCAUCUCUCCUGGUCUUCAUUGAUAUAAAUCAAGUUGAGAAAGCAGAAGAGGAGCUCUACUCCUCUUCCACUCAACUCCGCAAACGUCAGGCAGUGCUGUCCAACGAGAUGUUUUUGUAUGACACCCACCAGAACUUAUCCAGAGCACCCUACAACCGUGACGACCUAAUGAAAGAGUUCAGCACCAAUGAGAUCCAGCUGCUUAAGAUCCAGGACACUUGCAAACAAAAGAUGAAGGAGAAGAAAAUCAAUAACAGCAAGUUUUACUCAUGAAGAGCUUCCAUUUAAAACAAAAACCUGACUAGUCUUUGCCAUGGCUGGCGGUUUCAACACCUAAAGACAAGCCGCCUGCAACGGACAGUGAGAAAAUGAGAUUUCCAUCUUCUGUGUUCCAACAGGACUACACAUGGGAACAAAAGAAACCCUGUGUUCAGUGAUUAUAUUAUUGAAAUGCAGUGCAGUGAUAAUACUGUUCAGUGUGGCCAGUUAGGAAUCAUUGGGUUGUAACUGCUAUUUAAAUGUCUAUGGUCCAGAGUGGAUGUCUUUUUUGUGGGAGUGAGGUGUUAAGUUACAAAACAUUGUGUGGAAUGCAGAUAAUUGAGCGUUUCAUUCUGCUAAUGUUUGCUGCACAUCUGUAUGUCUUUUUAUAAUUCGAAAAUUAUAAGGUCCUUGACAAUUUCAUACUUUGCAAUUAGGUGCUUAUUGUUUUAUAAAAAGAUUUUAUAUAUACACACAGGUAUCAGUUACUGAAUGAUGUGUUUGUUACAAACUAUCCUGGUUUUUAGAAACAAAAUAUUUAUUACCUCUGAAGCAAUAACCAGUUUAAAAUGUGAUAAUAUACUAUAAAUUAAUUUUAUGUUGCCUGUGUUUUCUUUUUGCUGCCCGGUGUAUAAUCUGCAUGAAUGAAGUGACAUUUUGAUAAGCUUUGUUGCUGUUGAGUGUGCGUACUGCUUGAGUCCUGGUUCAAAGGCCAGUGGUGCAACUUACUGCUGCAUCCUUAUAAAUUAAAAUGCACUGAAGUGGAACAUUAUGAGAUUGCAUCAAAUGAAAUGAGCAGCAUCUAAUUUAAAUGCUUUUUAAAUGCUAUUUUAUACUGUCAAUUUUAAAUAUAUGUUGAAAAUGACUUUUGUCACAGAAUUUUAAAAGUCAAAACAUUUGCUUGUUCAAGUUUUACAUAACACCCUGUAAAGUUUACAAGAAAUACAUUGUGCUACCUUUGCAGCAAAAAAAACUAAGGAUUUCCCCAGUUCAUUGUUCAGUUCAUCUAUGAUGUGUGAAUAAAGAUAUCACAACAAUCUGAAUACUUUGAAAUAAAAGUGCUGCGAUAUGGACAACAUGGGAUAAACAAAGGUAAUUGGUUUCUUGUAAACACUGGAGGGGGUUCUGCAACAGUUCCAUAUAUUUUACUGUUGGGCAGAGAAUGUUAUUUCGAUGUGUUUCGACAUUCUUAGGAAAACUGAUAGAACUUAAAAUUAAACUUUGUUCUUUUAAUCUUAUGUUACACAAAGCUAUUUUUGAGUGACCAGCAUCUUCAAUGUUUUGUUGUAAGCAAACUUUUAAACAAAACAGCUGUAGAUCGUCAAAUAAAUAUUUUACUGUUAUAAAUGACAUGUGCAGUGGGGUCUGACUUGUUACCGUUUUUUAUUUUAUUUUAUUUAGUGGUUUGGCCAUAUUGUAUCAUUUUACCAUCUACAGUAUCAGGGGGUAGUGUACCCUCAGUAAGAAAGGAAUCAUUAUUUUCUUUGACCUGCAAAGGAAAUAUUAAAAUAUGGUACUAGGUUAAAUUUAGUUUAACACUGCCAUGAUCAAAGACAAUUGGUACUACUGCUCUGGUUUUCCAGACUUGGUGGUUGGUAACCUAGACUAAGGGAACAUAGUCAUGCUUUUAAGAUUCAGAAAUUUCUUGGCACACACCGGGUGUGAGUGUUACAGAUGUACAGCUCACCACACAUCCAGAGAAACAGGACUCUGGCUUUACACAACCUGAAUAGACCCCAACAUGUGCCAUUAUAUGAACUACUGUAGCUACAAAACACCUGUUGCAUCAAUAAACAAUAAAUACAUCAUUUGAUUUAUUUAAAUUUUUCUUUUGAGCACAGCUGAGCUUCAUUCAAUACCUACCUGAACCGGUCAGCUUAAAAGUAUAUUUCACCAACAGCAUUAAAGAACUAUAUUUUUCUCUCCUUUUUGACUUCAUCAAAGCAUCAUGAAUAUGAUUUACAUUCAGGCGGCUUUGUUUCCAGCUUUCUCGUUUUGCUUCCUGUGCUUGUGUUUCACAUAGAAACAUCUACUGCUGUCCUUCACUUCCCAAUUCUCUGUAACAAUUUUGAAUGGCUGAAAGGAUUAACUACCCUUGACCUUGUGGUGUCAAGGCUGGGAUUUGGGAAAAGGAUGGACCAACCCGAUUUUAGGUACAGGUUCAAAUAAAGCGGCUCGGCAGUUUGGUUGCAUGUUACUGAUGGUUCUAUUACAUGUCUUUUCUGGAAGUUUCCAGUAGCCUUUUCUGAAAAUGUUUAAGGUGUCUAAAAAUCAAGAGUUCAUUUUGUUUAAACACUGUGCCACAAAAGUUUUGCAGGUAUAAGCAUUUGAAUGAAGUUUAAUGUUCAAAUUGAAAAAAAAAGAUUUUAAAGAGAAAAACCUUUCAUUAUUGAAUCAUUCGUUGAGUUGGUUAAUUCGCUGCUAGUGAAUUGUAAAUGCCCCAUAUUUUCUGUAAAAGGGCCCUUUCGUAAUGUACUUUUUCAAUAUUUUAUGGGUUUUUUUGUUUUAGUUUUUGUUAACGAAUAAUUCAGAUAAUGAAAUAAAAAGAUCGCACUAUAUUAAAUCUGUAAAUAAAGUAUUGUACAAUUUCAAAACAGCUUCUGCAGACGAAAAAUGAAUACAGAACCCCAUAUUUAACAACAUCACACAAUUCUUGAAAUCAAGUAUUUUGUAAGACAAUUGGAUACAGUUUGUUGACCACUGUCAAUUCCAAUGUAUUUAAAUGAUGAAACUGUUUAAUGGAAGCAUCAUUGUAUCUACAAUAUUUGAAAGUCUGUAAUCACAAACUUCUGUAAACUAAACUUUUCAUUGUGACUUCUCUUGGUUCAGCCUCUUUUAAAAUUUACAAAU